AUGGAAGCAGCUAAACGUAAAGCUUUCUCUUUAUACGACGAUGAAGACGAGGAGGAAACUACUUCUGUUCCUCCGAAAAAGUCAAAUGACAGCAAAGAAGAAGAAAAAGUAGAAGUUGCUAAUAAGGAUGAAGAACUAUGUAAUAAUUCCGAGAAAAAUUGUGAUGAUGAAGCUGAACAGCAUAGUUGCAUGACAGCUUGUAGAGGAAUCGAAAUGUAUGCCAGUGCUGCUCGUCAAGGAGAAAGACCUGAGAUGGAAGAUGCUCAAAUCGAACAUAUCAAAUUUGAUCUAGAGAAACCUUUUUUGAAACGCUGUGCAUUGUUCGCCAUAUUCGAUGGACAUGCAGGAAGCAAAGCUUCAAAGUAUUGCGAGAAAGUCUUCGCCGAAACAUUAAAAAAACAUUUAUCCAGCUUUAAUGAUCUAGCCACAUUAGAAAAAUCUCUGAAGAGAGUUUUCACUGACGUGUACAAGUCCAUUGAUGAUGCAUUUUUAAAUGAUGCUAGGAAUGAGAAACCCAUGUGGAAAGACGGGACGACAGUGACAAAUGUCCUUUUCCUAAACAACUCCAUAUAUGUAGCGAAUAUCGGUGACAGUCGAGCACUAGUAUGUAGGCAGAAGAAAGGAGAAAAAGCAAUCACAAUACAGUUGACAGUAGAUCAUAACCCGUCAGUGUACGAUGAGAGAGUAAGAAUUCAAAAGGCUGGUGGAUUCGUCAAAGAUGGUCGUAUCAAUGGAUCAAUCGAAGUUUCCAGGUCUAUAGGUGAUAUUAAUUUCAAAAGACUUGGCGUCAUAUCGGUUCCCGAUGUAAAGAAAUUGACAAUAACAGACGAUGAUAAGUAA